GGCCAACAGCCGCAGGCCUAGACAGGGUCUCCGGGCGGAAGGUAUGGGCUCCCCGGAGGGUGAGGGAAAAGUCCCUUCACUAAUCAAGGAGGGGCUCAGUGGAAGGGGCCUGGCCCCUCGGAGGGUCCGAAGGAAAUACAGGAAGUGUGGGAUCUGCCCCCAGGAUGAAGAGGAGGCGGGCUUUUCCUUGAGGCUUGGUCAGAGCCUUGAUCGGGACUGCCAGUCGAAGCAAAACCCUCCCCAGAGUGCGUCUCUUGAGUCCCGGACAGGUCCCCAGACGUUUCUUUCUCCUAAGGACAUUGGAGAGCCAGGUGGGAGUUGGGCGGAAGGUGUCCCAGAGGCUGAGCUUGAAAACCUCCUCUUUUCUAAGAAUGUGGCCCAGUCAGACAGCCUCGAUCACUUUUUUGGAUUCCCGGGGCUCUUUGGGGGUGAGCCCCUUAGUCUGGUCACACAGGAUUCUCCCCUGAGCACAGCACUGUCCCCAGAGGUGCUGACAGGGGACUCUGUUGAGCAGCAGGAAAUGCAGCCCUUGUUUGUGGUCGGCAGCCCUGGCACUCCAUCUGACCCGGAGAGGUCAGAGGUUAAGGCUCAUCCAGAGUCCAGGAUGGGGCCCGGGGAAGGACUCACGGUUCCAGCCGACUCCCGUGCCAGCUCCUCAGAGCCUUUGGGUGGUCUCAGUGAUGCCUCCCUGGGACAGAGAAGUCCCAGGUAUGUGAAGAAGCGGCGAUGGGAAAGUCGAGUGUCCUGUGCCCCAAAGCAGCGCACAGGCGCCGCCAGCCAGGAUCACGCAGAGGAAGGCAGUCCAGGAGGUUGUCCCAGCCUGGAGGAGGUGAGAGUGCCCUGCGGGGUGAAGCUCGUGUACUACGUCUGGUCCGGGCCAGUGAUCCAGCUCCUAGGAGCCAUCAGCAGCAGCCAGCCAGGGGGACAGAUGGAAGCUCUGGAGGACUGGGCGGAGGUUAGCCCAGCCGGGAGGAAGAGAAAAAGGCUCACGAUGCCUCACCCUGCCAGUUUUCAGUGUGACCCUCCAGCAGCUGAGACUGUAGAGCCUCUUCAGCAGAGGGCACAGGACCCAGGUGAACAGGAAGCGCUGCCUCUGGGUGUUGAAGUGCGAUCCAUGGUGGUCCGGGCCAUGCAGGAGGUGCUGUGGACUCGCGUCCAGGAGCUUCCCGGCCUGCUGCUGAGAGAAGAAGACGUAGCGGGGAUUGCAGAGGGCAUUGAGGCGGCCCUCUUCCACCUCACCCAAGACACCAACGUCCGCUACAAGACCAAGUACCGCAGCCUCCUCUUCAACCUGAGAGAUCCCCGGAACUCCGACCUGUUUCUCAAAGUGGCUCACUGUGACAUCACCCCCCACGACCUGGUGCAGAUGAGCUCAAUCCAGCUGGCCCCCAAGGAGCUGUCCCGCUGGCGGGACCAGGAGGAGAAAAGGGGCCUGGAUAUCAUUGAGCAACACCAGAAGGAGCUGUACCGACUCCCUGCCUCCAAGCUGACUCACAAGGGUGAAAUUGAGAUCCCUCGGGACUCAGACCAGAUGCUGACCCUGGAGGACCUAAUGGAACCCAUGAUGCCCAGAGAGUGCAGCCCACGGUCUCUGAGGACCCCCCUGGAGGACACCACAGAUCAGCAUCAGCACCACUUCUGGGACACCAACUGCGCCAUCUGCAAGGCGGGGAAGGAUGUCAGCGGUAACCAGCCGGAGCCGGAUGCAGGCAGCAGCCACAGCAUGGGUCGGGAAUCCUCAAUUGAACUGCCAGGCUUCCCCGGAGCCAUGAGGGACACGGAGGAAAAUGUCAUCCAGAAAGCCCCCAGUCCAGCUCCUGUGUCCUCUCCAGAGAUGCUCAAAGCUGGGGAGACACCUCCCAAAGAACCGCAGGAGAGGCUCCAGGUGCCCCCUGGGCCCAGAGAUGCCCUGCCAAACCCUCCACCCUGGGAGGGCUCGCUAGACAUGUUUUCCAUCAAGCAUUUCCGGGCCAAGGCGCAGCUGAUCUCAGGGCACAGCUGCCAGCUCGUGCAGGCUCUGCCACAGGUCAUUCGUUCAGCCGGCUGCCUCCCUGCCAACAAAGUCUGGGGUCUUCUAGACCUCGUGUGCCCAGCCAGGGCAAAGGACAUCUGCGCUGUUAGACUCUGUCCCCACGGGUCUCGGGACAUCCACAGCUGCCGGCUGCUCUACUCCUACCUCAACAACAAGCAGUGCCACUGCCUGGCGUCUGUGGAACCCAUGAGGAUGGUCGUGCUGCCCCUGCCUGCCUUUCAGCCUCUGCCUGCCAGACUGCGCCCUCUGGGGGGCCCAGGACUUGAAGCUACUCACACAAGCCUGUUGCUGGCUGUGCUGUUCCCUAAGGAUGGGAUUCCGGACGAAGCUAUGUCCAUCCGCGUGUGGAAGAAGGUUCCAAAGACUGUCUCUUUCAGCAAGAAAGUGGAAAUGAGACACUACCAGCCAGAGGAGAGGGGGUCAGAGGCCACCCUGAAAGGGUCAUCUCCCCAUGAGGAGGCUCCAAAGCAGAGCUUGGCCAAGGGCAACCCGCCUCCCAGGAGUGUUUGUGCUCCCCAGGGCCUCCCCCGAGGCAGGGGGAGACGAGAACCUGGGUGGGGACAGUGGUUCCCAGAAGCAGGCUGGUGCCACCCCCAGCACCCCAAUUCAGCAGGACCAAUUUUCACUGGCAGUGGCCGUGGACAGCACCUCCACAGGGCCUCCUGUUUGCACCAAGACCUACUCCAGCACCUCAGGGUCUUAGUGUCCAUGACUCAACAGUUCCAGGCCUCACUGUGGCCCUCUGGCCAGGAGCCACUCCUCCCAUCCUCUGCAGGAUCUGCAGUUACAGAUCCCCCUGGGCCAGUCCCAGACCCUUCUUUGGGGUCUGUGGAUGGAGGUGGCUCUGAUUGUCCCCUGCCAGAGAGGCCUAACCCUUCAGACGCCCUGGAACAGGAGUGUUGAUUCCCUUAACCAGUGUUGAACCAGAGGAAAGGCAAGUCCACUCUCCCGCAC